AUGCUCAGCUCCCAGGGCCUCGUAUAUCGGAUCGGCUUCGCAGGCAGGGAGCUGCUCAACCCCCGCAAGAGCUUCAACAUCCCUGAGCAGCGGAAGCUGCAGCUGCAGGAGGGGCACGUCGUGGUCCUGUCGCAUGCUCCGCACGCCUCCAAGUUGACGGUCACGGUCCACAAGCAUGGAGGUUGGCGAGCUUCCUUCACACUGCACGACGUCCCUCCUCUUGCCAGGCCCUUCGUCAACCUGCUCAACGUCGGCGACUCUUUCAAGAUCCUUAAGAGCGCGAGAGCUCGAAAAGCUAUCGACUCGCUGGCGAAGAAAGCAGACACGAGGCCUGUCGCUCCCAAGAUGGGUUACAAGCAGAGGCAGCAGGAGAGAGAGGAGAGGCACAUGGAGAAGCUGAGAGCAGAAGAGCUGAGCAGCUAUGAAGACUCUCAGCACAUGGUGACCUUUGACAAGGUACUUCAUCAAGACUCGCUCUUCGAGGAGGAGGACGGUAGGCUGGACACUGCGUUAGGGAUAGACGACCCGGAAGUUUGA